CACUUCUAAGCUCGAUAAAAAAAGUAAACCAUAAUAAAGCUAAAAAAAGCGAUGAGUAUCAGGAAGAAAAAACAAACCUAUUAAACAUCGCGAUGUUAAAUAUUAAGUAUAAACAUCAGAAAUAAUAAAUAAUCAAUCCGCGAAAAAGCAUGCGAAUAAAAAAGAGUGUUAAUAUUUUUUCUCACCACCUGACACAGCUAGUGUCAUGGCGCUCAGUGACAAAUCAUCGGUAGUGCAUCAGUUGUGAUCAGCAGGUACACACGUUAGUGACUACUCGUUAAAUCAAAUAAUAAAUUCAGUUAAAUUACUCAGUGUUAUAAAGUUAUCAGUUAUCAGUUAUCGCUAAAUAGUCACCAGUGAUGCCAGCUGACUAACAACAAACAAGUGAUAUUAAAAUAACCGUAAACCAUUGUAAUAAUACAGCAACAAUUAAAACAGUGUGUUGUUAAAAACCGGCUGUAGCAUGUAGCUCGUUGAUUCGCAAUUUAUUGAGAGCUCUAGGCUGUGGUCUAUCGCAGAAAAUGGCCGCGUGCGUAUGAAAAAAAAAUAAUGCUGACUGAAUGAUAUUUUUACUUUUUUUUUUUUUUUUUCUAUUUAGUUAUCAACAAUGUUGCAAUUAUUGAUUGAAUAAUAAUAAUAAAAUGAACGUUAAAUAUAUUUCUAAGUGCUGAUGAAUUUCUUCUACCAGUUGGUGGAUCGCUGACAGCUAUUAUUUACCAAUUGGAGUAGUAUACAGUAGGCAGAACAGCAAAAGAGCCUAAAUAGUUAGUGUUAUAUGUUGUAUUGUGUCGGCAUGCUGUCUCACGGUCAUCGACCGGAGGCUUAGAAACGAGAUGUCGAGUUGCUCAUGGAUACGCCACUGACUUUUAUCAUCAUCUAGUACAACUUGCUGAUUAUAUUGUCUAUUGUAUAAAGACGGUGAUCUAUUUUUAUUUAAUAUAAAUAGAUUUUUAAUUGAUGAAUUUAAUCAGCUGAAUGGUGUCCAAUUUACCACCGCUAGUUCACCAGAUCAGCUUACCGUACUGAUUAAUCAACACUGGUAAUAAUAAUAAUAAGUGAUAUAAAAUGUCAAAAUUGUGGGGCUGCUCGUCUUCAAGUUCAAGUUGAUUAUUUUUAAGCAAAAUGGGAAAAGUUAAUAACACACUGGGCAUCAUUGCCUUUGUGUUAAUUAUUUAUUUAUCAACAACUGUUAAUGGAUUAAAAUGUUACUGCGACAUUUGUGUCGAUACCAAUCACACAUGCGAGACAGACGGUUACUGUUUUGCGAGUACGAGUCGCGAAGAUGACGUCAUCACACACGCAUACAGGUGUUACGAUAAGACGCGGUUCUUCCCAGCUCCCGAAUACUCAGUGUGGUGUAGCAACAAUGAGACUCUUCGAGGUCCUGGAACCGAGCAAUUUGUAAUCGCAUGUUGCGACAAUAAUGACUUCUGCAAUCGCGAGCUGCAGCCGUCGUUUUCUUCAUACAUUACGGGAAACUCUCGUGGUUUAUACAGAUUUGAAAGAGUGACUGCUGCGGGCGAUGGAGUCGCGGCUUGGGCCACCUGGAAAAUGGCGCUGACGAUAGCGUUGCCGAUUUGUGCGAUCUGUGUGGUCGUUAUGGUGGUCUAUCACAUUCACAUGAGUCGACAGCGACCGGCAAGACACUUUCCUGAUGAUUCUAUGGAAGCGCCGGAGAGACCGAUCCUUGGAGGUGUUACUAUUCGGGACAUGCUGGAGAUGACGACCAGCGGCAGUGGUUCAGGUCUGCCGUUACUAGUGCAGCGGAGUAUCGCUCGACAAAUUCAGUUAGUCGAGACGAUCGGCAAGGGCAGAUUUGGAGAAGUCUGGCGAGGAAGAUGGCGUGGAGAAAACGUUGCAGUUAAGAUAUUUAGCUCGCGAGAAGAAAGAUCUUGGUUUAGAGAGGCUGAGAUUUAUCAGACUGUCAUGCUCAGGCAUGAUAAUAUUCUGGGGUUCAUUGCUGCUGAUAAUAAAGACAAUGGAACGUGGACACAAUUGUGGCUCAUAACGGAUUACCACGAGAAAGGCUCGCUUUUCGAUUAUCUAAAUCGCUCAACAGUCGAUACGAAGGGUAUGAUGAGAAUGGCACUCACCAUGGCAACCGGUCUUGCUCACUUACACAUGGAGAUUGUUGGGACACAGGGUAAACCAGCAAUAGCUCAUCGUGAUCUCAAAUCUAAAAAUAUUCUUGUCAAAACAAAUGGCACGUGCGCUAUUGGUGAUCUGGGUCUUGCUGUGAGGCAUGACGUUAUCACAGACACCGUUGACAUUCAGCUUAAUAACCGGGUUGGAACUAAACGUUACAUGGCUCCUGAAGUAUUAUUUCAGGUCCUUGAAGAGACGAUAAACAUGAACCACUUUGAUGCUUUCAAGAGGGCUGACGUAUAUGCUCUUGGUUUAAUACUGUGGGAGAUUGCCAGAAGGUGUAAUGUAGGUGGUAUUUAUGAUGAUUACCAGCUACCAUUUUAUGAUCUGGUACCUUCGGAUCCUACUAUUGAAGAAAUGAGAAAAGUCGUUUGUACAGACCGACAGAGACCUUCUAUUCCUAAUAGAUGGCAAUCUAUUGAAGCACUACAAGUAAUGUCAAAAGUAAUGAAGGAGUGUUGGUACCACAAUGCAGCAGCGAGGUUGACUGCUCUACGUAUUAAAAAAUCACUGGCCAACUACGGAUCGAUAGCAGACAUUAAGUAAGUAAUUUGGAACAUGGACUUAUCUAGACUUGGAUUGCCAACGAAUCAGCUUCAGUAAUCACAUCUGCAUGCUCAGGAAUAACUAUUGAUAGGAGAUCUUAUUCAUCAACUCAAUGUAAAUUGCAUACGAUUUUAAUUAUCAAUACUUAACACUAUUGGUAUAUUAGAUGAAUAUGCUGGUAUAAUUUAUUUAUAAUUUAAAAAAAGGAGACUGAUGACAGUAAAUAAACGGACAACUUUCUACAAUUGUAUUUGUAUGAAUAACAACGAUCAUGUCAUUGCUUUGCAAUUGAUAAAAUUUAGGCUUUAAAAAUAUGAAAUUUUAUUUUUACACAUAAAAAUUAAAAAAUGAUAAUUAUUUGGAGAAUCGAUUGGAGAAAAAGAUAAUGGAUUUUUAAAUCUUCUGGCUUAAUGCUAAAAAAAGUCUCGGUAUGUGAUAGAUAUUUUUUUAUUUAGUGAUUUCUCUUAAAAUAUAAUUAUAUUUAUAUAGUAAUUCAAAAUUAAUUGAAGCUUUAUUUUGAUAAGUGCAUUAUUAAUCGAUUUGUUAUUCACUAACGUGAUCGAUUGCGAGUUAUUGAAAUUAGCUUUAUCAUCAAUAUUUUAAUCUUAAAUUAGUAAUUAAUGGAAAUUUUUAAAAUUAAAUUGGUAAUUAAACAAGUUUGUCGAUUACGAUUAUUGUCAGUGUAUAAAAAAAAAAAUAAUAAUGAUGAUGAUGAUGAUGAUUAUGAUUAUGAAGAUGAUGAUGAAGGUAAAAAUAAAAGAAAUGAGUUUCUAGCUUUUAAGUACACCCGAAUAUUUUUGCUCAAAUUUUAACGAAUAAAAUAUUAAUCAUUCAGGUACUA